GAUUUUCGAGCAAUGAAUGACACCGCGGCUACGUUUCAUUAAAUUUGUCUUCUCUGGAUCCUAGUGUUUUAUUUAUCACAAGUGACAUUAGGGACGUAUACAACUUUACAUGGUCCUAUCGAGUCGGAUAAAGUGAACUAGAAGUGAGUGAUCAGUGCCGAAGUGUUUGAAGUGAAUCUCGGUGUGGAGACCAGGGUGGAUCGCCGUGAAGCGCCGCUCACCCAAGCUGGUGUGCAAGAGUGGAGUAAGCAGUGGUGACCAGUGGUGUGCAGCCGGGGAGUGUGGACCAGCAGCCGGCGCAGGGUGGCCUGAACAGGGCCAGUGGAGCGGAGUUGGCGCAGGGUUGCUGGACGUCAUCAGCACCAGCAGAGGAGGUGAAGCCUGUGCGAUAGCGCAGCAGGCAGCCUGUUCUUGGGGCAACGCAGUCAUCACGGAGUUGGAGUCAGCGCUAGUGCCAGUGUGGUUUUUAAAGACUAAGUCGUGAGUACUAUCUAUUUGCUAAUGUGCAAGUUUCAAGAUAGAAGAAAGUAGUCUUCUAAAAUUAUUGGACUUAAUAAUUUUUUCAGUAUCGUGGAUAUCUUUAGUAUAAAUUCUAGGAUAUUACUAUUUGUGUGCUGAUUGAUAUUAUUAGUGGAAAUUUGUCUUUGGUGGUUAUUUUAUCUUAGUCGAAAUUUUAACAUUGAAUUAUUUCAAUUAUUUGUUGUUUAAACAUUCAAAGUCAUGGAGGCUAUGUAUAAAUUGCAAAAUGAUAAAAGGGUUCUUAUAGAAAAAGCUCAGAUAAACUUUAAAAAGGCGCCUAAAGAUCGAAUAACCAAAAUAUAUGUCGAAACUAGAUUAGAAUCACUUGAAGCUUUGUGGAAGGAAUUUUCAUCAACUCAUAAUAACAUAGUGCAGAAUGCUUCAGAUGUUCAGCGAAAAUCUGAUAAAUAUUUUGUGGAUGAUAUUUAUGAUAUUACCGAAGAACUGUACAUUUUCCACAAAAUUCAAUUGAAAGAGGUUUUAAAUAAAUUUGGUUAUUAUAGUUCAGAUCCGAAGUCAAAGACAAAUGACCACUCAACAUCUAACAGUGUUAAGUUACCAAAAAUAUGCAUUCCAAAGUUUUCUGGUAACUAUGCGGAGUGGACAACAUUUAAAGAUUUAUUCACAUCGUUAGUACACAAAAAUGAUACUUUAGAAGAUGUUCAAAAAAUGCAUUAUUUAAAAGGUUUAUUGUCGGGAGAAGCAGAACAACUUGUCAGGCAUAUUGCAGUCACUUCAGACAAUUAUAAAGAAUGUUGGUCGUUGCUUCACAGUAGAUAUAAUAAUAAGCGAUUUCUCUCCAAUUGCUUGUUAAAGCGCUUAUUAAGUCAGGCUAAUAUAAUAGAGUCCUCAAGUAGCAUUAAGGGUUUACUAGACACAACUAUGGAAUGUCUGAAUGGUCUGAAAAAUCUAGGAAUUGACAUCAGUACGUGGGAUAUCAUAAUCAUUCACAUUAUUAGCUCAAAGUUAGAUUUUGAAUCUCGAAAACAGUGGGAAACUAAAUUGAGUUUUAAGGAUGAGUUACCCGUACUUUUGGAAUUCAAAGAUUUUUUGGAAGCCAGAUUCCGGGCCCUCGAGUUUUUGAAUGCAGGGACAAACAAACCUACUGCUAGUGUUAUUAAGAAAGCAACAACGCACCAUGUCAUUAGUACUGAUAAUAAACCUAACGAAGUGACUUGUCCAUUCUGCGAGGAAGGUCAUAAAAUUGCACAUUGCAAAAAGUUUGCAAAGGAGAGUUAUGAAGCUCGUCAUAACUUUGUACAAACCAGGCGUUUAUGCUUCAAUUGUUUAAACUCCAACCACUCUAUUAAGUUUUGUCGUCAUAAUGGCUCAUGUCGUAUAUGUAAGCGAAGACAUCACUCACUACUACAUCCUCAGUCGGUCUCAAACUCAGCCGUCCCUAAUGAAAACUCCCACAUAGCAACUGAAGUUAAAUCAGCGGUAUCCAGAGUUCAGGCAUCGCUUUCAGAAGAUGAACCGUCACCCUCUAAUUUAGUAUCAUAUUUUUCAAAAGGGUCUUUACCUAAACAAGUUUUGUUAGCUACUGCUCUUGUCGAAGCACAGACAAGAAGUGGCUCUACUCAACUGCUGAGAGUGCUAUUAGAUCAAGGAUCUCAGGCAUCAUUCAUAGCAGAAUCAGCAGUGCAGCUUCUAGGACUAAAAAAGACUCCAGUGAAGACGGUAAUAUCAGGAAUAGGCGGCGAGAAGAGCGCGUUUGCCUCUAAGUAUGCAGUCACAGUGACUAUUCACUCACGCCUAGACCCUAGUUUUAGUAUCCAAGUGCAUGCUUUUGUUUUAGGCAGCAUAACAUCGAUUUUACCAUCUAAAAAAUUAGAGGUGUUCAGUUGGCCGGAGCUGACACAGAUUACAUUAGCGGAUCCAGAUUUUCACACACCAAGUAAGAUAGACAUCUUACUAGGUGCUGAAAUAUAUGGCCAAGUUCUGAGAGAAGGUUUAAUUAAGAGUUCCCCAAACGCACCUAUCGCUCAGAAUACUGUACUUGGUUGGAUCCUCUCUGGACAAAUCUCAACAAGUGAUCACCCUAUUCAUUGUCAUCAUGUCAUUCACAGCAACUCAGAUCAGGCUGAUGACAACGCACUUUUGCGACAGUUUUGGGAAAUAGAGUCUGUCAUACCUGAUCAGAAAAUACUUUCUGAUGAGGAGCAACGUUGUGAGAACAUUUUUGCUCAAACUACUCACCGUGAUAAAGAGGGUCGGUAUGUAGUUAAUCUUCCCUUCCGCGAUCAAGAUCCGCAAUGUCAAUACGGAAGUUCCAGAGAUCUCGCAAUAAAAAGAUUCCAUCUGCUUGAAAAUAAGUUCAAGAGAAAUCCAGAAGUCAAAGCUCGAUAUUCUGAAGUCUUUCAAGAGUACAUCGACCUUGGUCAUAUGGAGCCUGUACCUAGUGAUGAGCUUAACAAUAUUUCAGCUGUUUAUUUACCGCAUCACGCCGUGGUACGUGAAGACAAAACAACAACCAAGGUUCGAAUAGUGUUCGACGCUUCAAUGAAAGGUCUAAAUGGAGUGUCACUUAACGAUGACCUCAUGGUAGGCCCAAGGUUACAACCGCCGUUACGUCAUAUCAUUAUGAGAUGGAGAAUGCAUCCCAUAAGUCUCUGUGCUGACAUUGUAAAAAUGUACAGACAGGUGAAGGUCUCUUCUGAACAUGCGGAAUUUCAGAGAGUAGUGUGGCGUGAUGAUCCGGAAUCUGUAAUAAAGGAAUAUAAAUUAGUAAGAGUUACCUUUGGUACAGCAGCAGCUCCUUACCUUGCAGUGAAAUCAUUGCAGCAAGUAGCAAUCGACGAAGGUGGAAGUUACCCUGACGUAUCUGAAAUUAUAAAAAAUGACUUUUACGUCGAUGAUUUAAUGACAGGUUGUCAGACAGUUGAUCAAGGAUUACAUCUACAUGAAAGAUUAACAGAAGUACUCACCAAAGGUCAAUUUCCACUACAGAAAUGGGUAAGCAGUCGCAAUGAAUUGAACGAGAGAAUUCAAGGUCAUGCUGAAAGGACAAAGCAGAAGGAAGAGCAGGAAAGGGAUAUCAAGCUGGACUCAGUGGUGAAAAUUUUAGGAAUUUCAUGGGAUCGUCAGAGUGAUGAAUGUAAAUAUUCAGUGCAACUUCCUCCACAGCAGUUUCCAGUUACCAAAAGAAGAGUAAUCUCCGACAUCGCCCGGCUAUUCGAUCCUCUUGGAUGGGUCGCACCCUGCAUCAUUAUCUCGAAGAUCUUCAUCCAAAAGCUCUGGCUUUCUGGUCUAGACUGGGAUGCAGAAUUAACUCCAGAUCUUCUCAGUGAAUGGGAAACAUACCGUGCAAGCCUUGUAGAGACGAAUAAGAUCAGCAUUCCGAGAUGGAUUAAUACGAAAGCUGACGACUCAUUGAUGGAGUUACAUGGAUUUUGCGACGCGUCAAUUGCCGCUUAUGCUGCUGUAGUGUAUGUCAGAACCAUUGAUGCCGAAGGAAAAAUUCAUGUUAAUUUAAUUACUGCUCGAACCAAAGUUGCACCGGUUAAGCAGCAGUCAGUUCCGCGUUUGGAGUUAAUGGGAGCAGUCUUACUCUCUGAACUUAUUAUUGAAGUCGCUAGGGUGAUGAAGAUAUCACCUCCUCAUAUACACGCUUGGACUGAUUCAUCAAUCGUGUUAGCAUGGCUCAGUAAACAUCCAAGUCAUUGGACUACUUUCGUUGGAAACCGAGUCUCGACGAUUCUUUCUCGCAUUGACAACUCACAUUGGGCGCAUGUCCAAUCAACGCAUAAUCCUGCAGAUCUUGCAUCCAGAGGUUUGACACCACAGGAACUUGCAUGUAGCUCACUGUGGAGUCAAGGACCACCGUGGCUUCAUGAAGAGACAAUUGAAUACUCAAGACCAAAGUCAAUUGUCACUAACACGGAGAAACGAACAAUCAAGGUGCACGUCGCGACUGAAACUCAACAGGAAGUUCCUGUAUGGAAAUACAAGACGCAACAAAAACAUGUAUAAGACAUGUUCAGAGAA